AUGUUGAACAAGAACAUUGCUAUUGCUUUUGCCGUGGUGUUGGCUGUCGUCUGCAUGGCCGAGGCUACUGAGGAGGGCCCUCAGAACAUGGCCGAAGCUCUUCGCAUGCUGCAAGAACUUGAUCGCAUCUACACUCAAGCUGCUAGACCACGGUUUGGUAAGCGUUCUGAUGCUUACACGAACUGGGCCAAGGACCUUGAGGUAAGACUUAACUGA